UGAUUUUAACCCAUUAAAAGAAUAAAGCUGGAGAGAGCGAGAGUACGAAGUGCGGCAACCCGAGUCAUGGCAGGACAGGCAUUUAGAAAGUUUCUUCCCCUCUUUGACCGAGUAUUAGUUGAAAGAAGUGCACCCGAAGUUGUAACCAAAGGAGGCAUUAUGCUUCCAGAAAAAUCGCAAGGAAAAGUAUUGCAAGCAAUGGUAGUAGCUGUUGGAUCAGGCUCUAAAGGAAAGGGUGGAGAGAUUCAACCAGUUAGUGUGAAAGUUGGAGAUAAAGUUCUUCUCCCAGAAUAUGGAGGCACCAAAGUAGUUCUAGAUGACAAGGAUUCUUUCUUAUUUAGAGAUGGUGACAUUCUUGGAAAAUAUGUCGACGGAAAUAAGUCACUAUUGAAAUGGCAUCACGUGAAAAGACUAGAUAAAGGAGUGGUAACUGACAUGGCAGAACAGAGGAAGCACAACCUUGGUACCUACAGAGAGUGA